UGACCGUAAGGUCGGACUGUUUUGAUGCAGUAAGCGGAAAUGUUGACAUGAAAAUGUAACGGGAGGUCUGGAUUAUCGAAUGUAUUUCCAUCGAUAGAACAUAUUCCUGUAUAAUAAUUAAAACGCUAUAGUCGUUGGCCGGUAAUAGCUAACCAGGGCAGGCAUGUUGCAAAUAACGCAACAGUUUUUUUCCCUUCGACCUUCUCAGAGAAUAUCAAGAAUGCAUCGAGUUAACACUGUGUUUACAUGAACUAGCGGUGUCGAGCUGAACGGGCUUUCUUUUGUUUGUUAUAGGUUAUUUCGUGUACCUCCUAACUAAUGUCUAUCGCUUGAUAGCUGUGCUAUUGCAAAAGCUGGCAUUUCAGGACAAAUCCUUGCUGUCUUCCCUGAAAUGGACACUCCAAAUACACUGUCCAUGUUACUGCUGGUCUCAGAGCAGUGACACUGUCCUUGUCCUGCUCCUUGUCAACAUAACGAGCUGAGCUAAACUUUCCCGGAUUAGUUUUCUAUGACACUCAAAACUUAUGCUCGACUAGAUUCGUUGGAAUCGCUCCUCAACGAACUUCCCUGUAUGUUUUAUCUGGGCCUGUUUUUUGUGAACGUUUUGAUCCUCUACUAUGCCUUUCUAAUGGAAUACAUUGUCCUGAAUGUGGGGAUAGUGUUUCUACCGGAAGAUAUGGACCAGGCGCUGGUGGACCUAGGGGUAUUAUCUGACCCGGCCUCUGUCCCUUACGACACGGACACAGAACUCGAUGUUUUCGAGAGGUACCUGGAGUGAGCUGGGGCGGUAUGCUCCGCAGGGGUGAACUGGACUCCUACCGGCCUGUGAUGAUGAUGAUGAUGAUGAUGAUGAUGAUGAUGAUGAUGUUGGGAGAGACUGACACUGGGAACUCAAGGAGGAGGAUAUUUGUCUUGGCUUGGAACAACAUUGGCUGCAGGAUGAAAAAGUUGUCAAGGCUCAAGACCAGAUAUCUGGAGAGAGUCAGAACCAACAGACAGACAGGACAAUUCACAGCAGAGUUACCUGUCAAAACUGUCUUAACUGGCCAAUCAACAAGCAGACCUGUCUAACUGUGGCCAAUCAACAAGCAGAACUGUCAAACUGUGUCCAAUCAACAAGCAGAACUGUCAAACUGUGUCCAAUCAACAAGCAGAACUGUCUAACUGGCCAAUCAACUACCAGAACUGUCUAACUGGCCAAUCAACAAGCAGACCUGUCUAACUGUGGCCAAUCAACAAGCAGACCUGUCUAACUGUGGCCAAUCAACAAGCAGACCUGUAUAACUGUGGUCAAUCAACAAGCAGGACUGUCCAACUGGCCAAUCAACAAGCAGACCUGUCUAACUGGCCUAUCAACAAGCAGGACUGUGACUGGCCAAUCAACAAGCAGGACUGUGACUGGCCAAUCAACAAGCAGGACUGUGACUGGCCAAUCAACAAGCAGGACUGUCUAACUGGCCAAUCAACAAGCAGGACUGUGACUGGCUAAUCAACAAGCAGAACUGUCUCACUGGCCAAUCAACAAGCAGAACUGGCUAAUCAACAAGCAGAACUGUGACUGGCCAAUUAACAAGCAGACCUGUCUAACUGGCCAAUCAACAAGCAGAACUGUCUAACUGGCCAAUCAACAAGCAGAACUGUCUAACUGGCCAAUCAACAAGCAGAACUGUCUAACUGGCCGAUCAACAAGCAGACCUGUCUAACUGGCCAAUCAACAAGCAGAACUGGCCAAUCAACAAGCAGGACUGUCUAACUGGCCAAUCAACAAGCAGAACUGUCCAACUGGGGACAACGUUACACUAACUCUGACCCUAGAGAACUGACCUUGGAUCAGUCAACCUGCUUCAGGUUCUUCUACACUUCUGGGAAUGUUAUCAAAUGUUUUUUUAAAGACUGUUUUAAACAACCAGGAAACCAGCAGUUAUUUCUGGUUGUUUAUCAGAGUUAUCUGGCUUAGCUGGUUGAUCCUGCUGUUGUAUCGUACCCCUCAGGGUGUGUGGCCUGGAGAAGUGUUUGUUGUGUUAUUAAGAGAUGUGUGGUAUGAAAGACAUUUGACAGAUUGUGGUCCGGUCCUCCUCCUACCUGUCUCGUCUCUCUUCGUUCAUCUUGGCCACUGUGACGGGUGUGAACAAACACAGGUGACUCUUGUUUAGUACCGAUCUUGGAUCAGUGUGCCAUCCACCAAGGGGGGGGCAGGAAGUGACCUUUAGAUCGGUGCCUGUAGACUCUAGAGGCAGCUUCACCUUGCCCUGCUCUGACUCUGACUCUCUCAAAGGGGUGAGGUCUAUGUUCAUGUCGUCUCUGGUGUCUGCCAAUCAAUAAUCAAUAAUACUGUAUCAGCUUGGUCCUGAUCAAUAACCCACCACAGACCAGGCUGCUUCCCUGCUAGGCUCCCCCCCCCCCGGAGAACAACUCCCAGCGUGCAUUGGGCUGGAUGGCUGAAGUACCUGGUGACUUUACUGCUAAUGUCAAUCAACCUCUACGCUAUAACGGCUCAUAAGGGAUUAGUUUAUAAUGCAGUGUUGUUCCUCUGCUCUGUCGGCUGUGUAUUAUAAUGGGGGGGGGUGGGGGGGUCUCACCCCAUCCACCUGUAGAUAGCAGUAACACCCACCUGGGGGGUGGGGGGGGACAUCCUGGGCCCUUUACGGCAAUAGGAGGCUCUGACGCCAUACCCACCCCCACCCCAACCACCUGUAGAUAGCUGUAACACCCACCUGGGGGGGGCACAUUCAGGGGCCUUUACAGCAAUAGAAGGCUCUAAUGCCAUACCCCCCCCCAACCACCUGUAGAUGGCAGUAACACCCACCUGGGGGGGGGGGGGCACAUUCAGGGGCCUUUACAGCAAUAGAAGGCUCUAAUGCCAUACCCCUCCCCCCACCCCAUCCACCUGUAGAUAGCAGUAACACCCCCCCAACCACCUGUAGAUAGUAGUAACACCCCCCCCCACCCCAACCACCUGUAGAUAGCAGUAACACCCCCCCACACCACCACCUGUAGAUAGCAGUAACACCCCACCACCACAGCAGCCAUUUUAAACCAAAAUGUUUCAGCAGUGCAGCUGACAGUAGAGAGGUGAGGAGGACAUCUUACACCCCUCUUCAUCGUCAUCAUGAAGACACCCCCCCACCCCAGCCUUCACAUCCUCUUCAUCAUCAUCAUGAAGACACCCCCCGAGCACCAGCCUUCACAUCCUCUUCAUCAUCAUCAUUGACAUCCCCCCAGCCUUCACAUCCUCUUCAUCAUCAUCAUGAAGACAUCCCACCCCAGCACCAGCCUUCACAUCCUCUUCAUCAUCAUCAUGAAGACAUCCCACCCCAGCCUUCACAUGACAUGUUAUAAGGAGCUAUGGUGUGUUAUAAGAAGCUAUGAUGUGUUAUAAGAAGCUAUGAUGUGUUAUAAGGAACUAUGAUGUGUUAUAAGAAGCUAUGAUGUGUUCUAAGGAGCUAUGACGUGUUAUAAGGAACUAUGAUGUGUUAUAAGAAGCUAUGAUGUGUUCUAAGGAGCUAUGACGUUUUAUAACAUGUUAUAAGGAGCUAUGAUGUGUUAUAAGGAGCUAUGACGUGUAAUAAGGAACUAUGAUGUGUUAUAACGUGUUAUAAGGAGCUAUGAUGUGUUAUAACGUGUUAUAAGGAGCUAUGAUGUGUUAUAAGGAGUUAUGAUGUGUUAUAACGUGUUAUAAGGAGCUAUGAUGUGUUUUAAUGUGUUAUAAGGAGCUAUGAUGUGUUAUAACGUGUUAUAAGGAGCUAUGACGUGUUAUAAGGAGCUAUGACGUGUUAUAAGAAGCUAUAAGCGUUCAUACAGUGGUUCAUAUUCCAAUGCAUAUUUAAUAAACCAUCGAUGAGUGGAUG